UUGAGACAUAUAUAAGCCGACCACUGACUUUGCGAACUCAAUUUCUUGACCACCUGAAGCUUAAGCAAAGAUGGGACGCAGACUAACUUGGUUAGUGGUGGCCGUAGUCACAGUGGGGCUAGUUGGAGCAGGGCGCGUACCUCAAGUUCCAUCCGGACGCAGGACUCAGUAUCUUUUUCUUCUUGAUGAUGGAGGCUACAAGUACGGAUAUGACACAGGCCUCGGAUCAUCGGAAAAGGCUUUGGCUACCCAUGAGAACGAAGUCAAGGGUGCUUACAGUUACAACAGCCCCUCCGGACCCGUAACCGUCGAAUAUACUUCAGGUGUUGGAGGAUUCAAACCUAACAAACUUGUUGUACCACCAGCUUCUGCGGAUGGUUACGCGAGGAAAACCUUUGGUCAAAGCAGUACAGCAUAUGGUGUUUCGAACCAAUAUCUUUCUCCUGUAAGCGUUUCACCUUACAAUCAAGGGUUCGCUACUGCUACUCCUUCAGGAUAUUCAGCAGGACAUGUUGCUUCAUCACACUCAGCAGCAAAUGGAGGAUCAAGUGAUGGAUCCUAUUCCUUUUCGUACAAUGCUGGAGAUCAUAACAGACAAGAGAGCGCAGAUGCUAACGGCAACGUCGUUGGAAGGUUUUCUUUUGUUGCUAAAGAUGACAACGCUCUUCGUACAGUCAAUUACAAAGCAGGAGCUGAAAGUGGUUUUGUCGCUACAGGAAGCCACCUUCCAUCAGCAGGAGUUAACACUCCCUCGGUAUACAAUCAACUCCCCACAUCAUUUUCCGACAGUGUUGUUGUAAAUGCUGCUACAUCAUAUUCUGGAGAUAAAGGAGCAAAUGAUGGUUCUUAUUCCUUUUCCUACAAUGCGGGAGAUCAUAACAGACAUGAAAGCGCUGAUGCAAAUGGGAAUGUUGUUGGAAGCUUUUCAUUUGUUGCUAAAGAUGAUAACGCCCUUCGUACAGUAAACUAUAAAGCAGGAGCUGAAAGUGGUUUCCUCGCUACAGGAAGCCACCUUCCAUCUGCAGGAGCGAGCCGUCCCUCAGUCUACAAUCAAUUCCCCACGUCAGUUUCCGAUAGCGUUACCGUUAAUGCUGCUACACCAAACUCAGUAGGUGGAGGGGCAAGUGAUGGAUCUUAUUCCUUUUCUUAUAAUGCAGGAGAUCAUAGUAGGCAAGAAAGCGCAGAUGCUAAUGGCAAUGUUGUUGGAAGCUUUUCUUUUGUUCCAAAAGAUGACAAUGCUUUUCGUACAGUAAAUUACAAAGCGGGAUCUGAAAGUGGUUUCGUCGCCUCGGGAGCCCAUCUUCCAGCUGAUCCAACUGCUGUACUUCAAAACUAUCAGACGGUUCAGCCGUUACCAUCCUACCAACGCCAAAACGUAAACACACACUCGAGUGGAUUCGCAGGACAUAGUUUUGAUAACGCGGAAAAUCAAGGAAAAACUGACGGUUCUUACUCAUUUUCCUACAAUGCUGGCGAUCAUUCGAGGCAAGAAACGGCUGAUUCUGCCGGCAAUGUAGUCGGUAGUUUUUCUUUCGUCCCGAAGGACGAUGGCGUACCGAGAAAAGUCGAUUACGUAGCAGGAGCUGAACAAGGUUUUGUUGCUCGUGGAGGCCAUUUACCCAAACAACCCUCACUCGGAAGCUCUGUUUCUUCUCAGAGCGUUUUGCAAAAACAAACUCCUGAUUACUUAUUUUCCUACAAUGGAAAAGAUUAUAACAGCCGUGGAUAUUCUCCUGCAGGAUCUACUUAUACUUCAGGAGGAUUUGCUUCCGAAGGAAGCCUUGACCCCUUGGCUGGAACAGGAGACGCUUCGUAUUCCUUCUCUUACAAUACCGUAGACCAAUCAAGGCAGGAAAGCUCCGACCCACAGGGCAAUGUAGUCGGUACCUUCUCGUACGUUGGCAAAGACGGCCUAAGUAAAACCGUCAACUACGAAGCCGGUGCGGCAAAGGGUUUUGUUGCCAAAGGGUCGCAUUUGCCUGAACAUUCUGCUCCUUCAGCCGAGGCAAGUUUUAAAACUGACCUCUCCGGCUUUAAUCAAUAUGGAUCAGUCACCGCACAGCCUUACCAUCUGGGCACACACAGCUUCCAACAUUUUCCAGGAGCCAAAUCUUCUCUCCUGGAAUACUCUCUCGGCAACUUAAAAGUUAAGGAAUUCCUUAAACCAAACGCUCACAGGAAAGUUGGAUACGUAUUUGAUUCAUGAAUUGAAAUGUGAAGAGCUGAAGAUUAUUUCUAAUUUUUUGAUGUGUUCUUGAGCUUAUCAGGUCAAACAAAAUGUAAAAAAAAGGAAUCGUUGACCUUUGCGACGAAAUAACUAUUAUCAAAACUUUAAUGUUAUCGUGUUGUGCUGUUAUGAACCAUUUAUUAUAAUUUCGCUAUUUGUGAUGCAAAGAACCGAAAACAAUAAAAAAGUUUUCAAAUUUUAA